CCAAAGUUUGCUGACGUAAUUUCCGUUGCGCGAAUCUACAAAUUUGGCGCCGCAGCCUCGCAAUCAGACACAGGAGCGUCCAGCAGAGAGAUAAUUACAGAAAUGUCCCUCGGUACUGAUGUGUUGGGACAGAUUGUAGCGGUAUAUUUUUAAGUUUUUUGUGGGCGGCGUUUUUAUGUUGAUCUGCAGGAGAUGCGGCCCGGGUCGUGUUUGUUCUGGCGUCGUUAGCUGACUCCACCGUGGAAACUCUUCACUUCACAACCCGAUCAGCUUCAGCUUAUUGGACUGCAUACUAAUCGAUACAAAGCUAACAUUGAUCAAAGCUAAUAUUUAUCCUCAGUCACAAUGAACAGGAACAAGAUGAAGAAAACCAGGGUGACUGCUGGGUUAGUCGGAGGGCAGCGGAACAUCUCUUCAUUCUUUUGCUCCAAAGACCAAAAGGUUUUGUCAUCAACCAGCAAAGCCGAGCCUCAGAUUAAAGAAAUUAAAUUCAGACUAAGCACGCCUCCUCCGAGGCGGAGCGUCUUCGGUGACCUUGAAAACCUCCUUGCCUCGUCCCCAGACCUCCUCCUGUCUGUCCCAGAGACGCCCAGCAGUCAGAUCAGACCUUCCUGCUCUUCUCCCUCCAGACGGGCCAGUCAGCCGCACUCCGACCCAAAACUUUGCCAGCGGUCGCCCAUCUGUCGCAGCCCCAGCACCAAAAGUAUCAGAGUGGGAAAAAUAAUGACUGAGGAGGGAGAAGUAAAUAAGAGUGUAAACAGAUUAUCUAGCCCAUCGAAGCGACUCUUCAGCCCCAAUGAAGAGUCCCACAACGCAAAGAAAGCAAGAACUUCGCCACCGAAAGCUUUGAUUGGCUCCACAGAGACGCCUCUUCUCACUGCCGGCCAAACAGACUUCUCUCUGGGAGGAGACAGGAAACGCCAGCAGCAGCAACAAGAAACGACAGAUUCAUGUUUUACUGUGAUAACAGAAGUGCAAAGUUCCCUGGAGAAGGACACCUGCACUUCUGCUGCUCCUUUACCUAAACAAAGUGCUCAAGAGUUGGAGGUGGUCCCAAAAGAGAGGACGGCUAUACGUGAAACACACGGAGAUGGGAACAAGAAGACGCACUGUGAUCAGGAGCAAGGCGGAGUCGCAGCUGAAUCUGGACCAGCGUCUACUGGUCCCAGUGAGGACGGCUUUGAGGAGAGCUGGUUUACUGACCAAAUGGAUGAGGAUGAAGCUACGGAGAAUAAGUCCAAAAAGCUUCUUAAGGUACCGGAUCAUGUGAUCCUUUCUGAGGGACCAAAUAACCGAUAUCUGGUUUUGGACAUCGAGGAGAAACCGGGACACAAAUCACUGACCAUCUCAUGCUGCAGGUCUCUGCUUCCAACCGAGACCUGCCUGCUCAAAGACGGAUGGGAGUUGACCCCCGUCUGCCGCGGUGAUGUGGUUCAUCUGGAGGGCCGCUCUGAAGGCGGGGCCUGGUUGGUCGACAGGGAGCGGGGUUUCCUGGUUCUCCAGCCCGACAGCCUCAUCUCAGGGACCAGCAUCUCCAACUCCAUCCGCUGCAUGAGGCGAGCAGUGCUGGGAGAACUGUUCAAGAGAUUUGACGGUGGCUCUAAGCAGAUGCUUAAUGGCACCAUGGUGCACGAAGUCUUCCAGAGAGCAGCUUCAGCCAAAGAUUUCUCUCUGCAGAAACUUUCCCAGCUGGCCGACGAAGCGCUGCGAAAUCACCGUUACCUUGGAGACAUGUUUGCUUUAGGAGUAAGUCAGGAGGAGAUGCAGCAGGAGCUGCAUGAUUACCUCCCAUCACUGGAGCAUUGGGCAAAUGAAUACCUCUGUUCUUCUACACCAAAACCAAUCGGCUCUAAAAUCAGGUGCCAGGCCCCGCCUGCUGUUUUCACGCUAACAGAGCUGGCGGACAUAGAGGAGAACGUCUGGUCCCCCAGAUUCGGCCUCAAGGGGAAAAUAGACGUGACGGCGAAGGUCCGAAUCCAAAGGUCGCGAAACGGCAGCAACAGAGUCUGUGAGGAAAAGACCGUCCCACUGGAGCUGAAGACUGGCAGGGAGUCGAACUCCAUCGAGCAUCGCAGUCAGGUGAUCUUAUAUACCCUGAUGAGCAUGGAGAGAUACGGCCCUGAAAUCGGCCUUCUGCUUUACCUGAAGACGGGAAACAUGCACCCAGUGGCAGCCGGCCACAUGGACCAUCGAGAGCUGCUGAAGCUGAGGAACUCACUGGUUCAUCACAUUAACCACUUUGUAGAGAAAGGAGCCGAUCGGAGUCGCCUGUCCAGACUUCCUGACAUCCUGACCAGCAGGCAGACCUGCCAGUACUGCCCUCAGAAACUAAACUGUGCUUUAUACGAGCGGGUGGUGGACUCCACCUCUGCGGAUGUGGGUGAGGACACCGUGCAAGCCUUUCUGCAGCAGGAGACGAGUCACCUGACCCAUCCACAUCUGGACUACUUUGCUCACUGGCUGCUGCUCUGCAGCCUGGAGGCGUCCACCAUGGAGGCCAAGAGCGGUCGAAAGCGUGUCUGGCUGCAGUCGGUCCUGGAGAGUGAGAAGAGCGGCAGCUGUGUGGGGAACCUGCAGCUCAGCGACUCGGUGACCGCUCAGUCUGAAGGCGUCUUCGUCCACCGUUUCCUGCGCAGCGCGGCCGACUCGCAGCAGGCCGCCAACCACUGUGGCCUGACCAGCGGAGAUCGCGUCGUUGUCAGCGACCAAGAGGGUCGUCUCAUCGGCUUGGCAACAGGAUACCUGAAAGGAGUCAACGCGACGUCGGUCAGCUGCACUCUGGACAGGGACCUGUCAAAGUUCAGCGGCAUUUUGUUUCGACUGGACAGCGAUGAAGGAGUGGUGGGCCUCAGCACUCACCUCAGCAAUCUGUCCAGGCUAAUGGAAAACUCUGGCGACAGCGAGCGUCUCAGGGAGCUGGUUGUUGACCUUCGACCUCCAGAGUUUAUCACCAACCUCAGCUCUGUUCUACCCAGAGAGGCCAAGGACACAGUGGCCAACAUCCUCAAAGGUCUAAACAAACCCCAGAAACAGGCCAUGAAGAAGGUUUUGCUGUCCAAAGACUUUACCCUCAUAGUUGGGAUGCCUGGAACCGGCAAGACAACAGCCAUCUGCACACUGGUGCGUAUCCUGCAUGCCUGUGGGUUCAGUGUGUUGCUGACCAGCUACACCCACUCUGCUGUGGACAACAUCCUGCUGAAGCUCAAGCGCUUCCGGGUCGGCUUUCUGCGUCUGGGUCAGGGGCAGAAGGUCCAUCCGGAGAUCCUGCCGUUCACAGAGGAGAGCGUGAGGAGGAAGGACGUUCACACGCUCACAGAGCUGCAGCAGCUUUACUGCAAAGAACUGGUCGUAGCGACCACAUGCAUGGGCAUCAAGCAUCCGAUCUUCACACGCCGGCGGUUUGACUUCUGCAUCGUAGACGAGGCGUCGCAGAUCAGCCAGCCGAUCUGUCUGGGUCCGCUUUUCUAUGCCAAGCGGUUCGUCCUGGUUGGAGAUCAUCAGCAGCUGCCGCCGAUUGUUCAGAACCAGGAAGCAAGGUCUUUUGGGAUGGAUGAAAGUCUGUUUAAGCGACUUGAGCUCCACAGUGAAGCGGUGGUGCAGCUGAACGUACAGUACCGGAUGAACAGUCAGAUCAUGUCUCUGAGUAACUCGCUGAUGUACGACGGCCGGCUGGAGUGUGGAUCUGAACGGACGGCCUCGGCUCUGCUCACGCUGCCCUCGCUGGCGUCCGUCCAAUCGGAGGUCACGUCCCGCUCCGAGACUCGUCCCCAGCUGGACCUGUCCUGGCUGCAGGCCGCGCUGCUGCCCUCCAACCCCGUCUGCUUUCUCGACUGCUCAGCGGUUCCUGCUUUGGAGUCGGUGGAACAGGGAGGAGUUAGUAAUCGUACCGAAGCUGCUCUCAUACACAUGAUGCUUUCGCUCCUCAUAAAGGCUGGGUGUAAACCCGGUGAUAUUGGAGUUAUCGCCCCCUACAGGCAGCAGCUGAAGUGCAUCUCUGCUCUGCUGCAGUCCUCUGCUUUCUCCGGGGUGGAGGUCAACACGGUGGACCGGUACCAGGGACGGGACAAGAGUCUGAUUGUUCUAUCGUUUGUCAGAAGCACCGCAGAGGAAGGAAACUUAGGGGAGCUGCUGAAGGACUGGAGGCGUCUGAAUGUGGCUGUAACCAGAGCGAAACACAAGCUGCUGAUGGUGGGCUCUGCUGCAACGCUGCGGCGCUACCCACCAGUGGAGAAGCUGCUCCAACAUCUACUGCAGCAGAACAUGAUUAUCCAGCUCCCCUCAGCUGCUCACAAGGCAUUACCCAGCAUGCUCCUCUGAACCAGUGCGCUCUCAGGGAAGUAGCUGAUGGCUGCAGAAAACAAAAAAACUUACCUGGAUGUUCAUCAGGACACGCUAACAGAAAAUCACACUUUUUUUUUCUUUUUUUUUACCUCAAACUAAAGUACAUCAUAAAACCUCAGUUGCUUUGCAUAAAAACAUUAGUACAGUAAUCUUUCUUUUUACUUUCUCUUUCUAUAAAUAUAAAACUUUAAAUUUUGAUAGUCAUUUUGUUAAUUUAAAUCCAUUUAAGAUCCAAUUGAAGCAUUUUGCUUCUAAUGUGGAACAUAUACUAGAAGGACAGACAGUUUUACUGCUUCUACUGGAGAUAAAUGUGAAUAAUUACACUGUGAUACUUAAUUUUUAAGCCAUUAGUUUUAUUAAAUACCUCUUAUUAAUGCUCUAAUGAUCCUCUAGGUGUAACUAUUGGUACUGCAACAUCUAUUUCAUUCACAAGCUUGUUAUUUAAAGGUGUCGUUUUAUUUUUCCAAGUUCUGGUGAAGGAUUUCUAGUUUCUGACUAAACAUUCUGCAGCUCAGACCUGUGAUAGUAAAAUAUGUUUUCAUUUGUUGCAACAGUUUUUGUGUUUUGCUUCUUUUUUUUUUAAAGUUUUGUCUUGCAGCUUUUUGCCUUUUGUGGAAUGUGAAUAAAUAAUACUUUUUUUUUUUUAAAAAUAUGCUGUUUUGUUCCUGUUGUAUGUUAAAUAUGUCACACGUCAAAAUGCUCUCGCUGGAUUUUCAUGGUCUCCUACAAUAAUCUCUUUCCUGAUCCUGAAUAUUAUAACCGUGACGUGUUGAGGCUUGUAAAUCCUCCACAAGUGAGACAUUAAGUUUAUUUACUCAGUUAAAGUUUUUUCUGGCCAAGUCAUUUUAUAUUUAAUAGGAAACUCCAGUUCUGCACUCCUGCAAAGUCCUGUUAAAGUUUAAAAGCAGGAAGAAAAAUAUUUCUUUUGCACAAUCUCUUGAAUGUUUUAGGCCGGUCAGUUUACUGAGCUCCAAACAAGAACAAACUUUUUUUUCACACAUAAUCCUUAAAACAUUCCUCAGUUCUUGUGGAAUAAUUGAAAAUAUUUCUUAUGCUCAAUCUUUUAAACUGGAGCCUUUUUUUGCACAUUUCUAAGCUGCUACAAAGUAAACAACUCUAAUCAAUUGUCCAGUUUCUAAAUACUUAAGAGGAGAUUGUAGUAAAUUUGACAACCUGAUGCAGCUGAGCUCACUUUCAAAACUCCUUUAUGAAAACUACUUACUGCUCUGUUAUAGCAAGGAAUGUUUAUAUUUAAUGUGAAGUCAAAUCAGAAAAAGAAAGGGGGAGAAAAAAUACAUGCGCUCACUGUGGUCCACGACCUAAAAGAGGGACGGACAAGGGAAAAAAGAGAAAACCAAACAGGACUGGAGUUUGGGGAUUCUUGGAUUCUUGACCAGAGAUCCUGGUCGGCUUGUUGUUGUGAGAUCGGACUGCCAGGUUACUCACGUUCCUCCAGCUUUACCGGCCAAUAAACGCCUUUUAACCGCAACGUCUGAACUGAAGCGGUGGAUUGUGGUGGUGAAGUUUGGCGUUGAUUGAUUGAUUUUUAUGAUCGAACUGAUUGUUGUGUUGUUGAAUAGUGAGUUUGGGUGUUAAGUUUAACUAUUAAUUAAUUUAGCGUUAGAUUAAGAAGAAUAACAACUUGAAGCUAUAUUUAUAAAAUAAAUAUUUAUGACUAAUAUUGAAAGGUAGAUAUUUGUAUAUUAAAAGAAAUUUAAAUAUUAUGUAAUUGUAAAUAUUAAUAUGAAAUGUACUUUAAAGUUAGAGAACUUCAGUUUAGUUACUUGUUCAUUUAACUUUAAUUACUUUGUGAGUUUGAUUCACAGUGGUUUGCUUAGUAUCAGUGGAGAAAAACAAGACAAGUCUUGAUCAUUUUUUUGUUUAUUUUUUUAUUUUUUUUAUUUUUGACAUGUUAGGCUACAUAAAUGUAUUGGGUCUGAUCUUUGUGAAAGCAGGAAGAACAGAUUUUCAGUUGCUCCACGCAAUAAAAAGUCUUGUCUGGUCACACUAA